AUGUUAGCUCGAACUGUAGUCAAUCAAAUUUUUCUUUUAAAAACCUCACAGAUUCCAUUCUCUGCAUUAUCGUUAACUUGUCGAUCGAUCACGACUGCUGCUCGAUUAAAAAAACAAUUGAACGUUGCAGCUACUCCUCGACCACAUAUUGAACGUCCAUCUGGUAGUGAUGAACUUUAUAAACGUCUAGGUGUAGAAGUUCGUGGUCAUGAUCCAGCUGUAUUAGAAAGUUAUGAGCGAUUCGUUCGUCUUGUUUCUACAGAACUUGCUGUACAGCUUGUUAAUGUUGAAAAUCCUCCUUUUUUCACAGAACGAUGGACUUUACUUCGAUCAAAGUUUGCUAAGAAAAAAUAUUGGCGAGAAUAUGAAAUUCGAACGUAUUAUAAAAAAUUUAAUUUUAAACAUAUAACUGGUUCAACUGCUGAUACAUUUCUCGAAUAUGUUCAACGAAAUUUGCCAGAAGGCAUUAUGAUGAUUGUUGAACGAGUCCGUUUGGAAUCAUUUCGUGAUAAUCUGGUGCCACCAACCUCUUCAUUUUCAUCUUCAUCGACGACAACAACAAAAACAACAUCAGAAAAAACUUCUCAAGAACAAGACACCUCUUGA